GCACUGCAUACAUUAUUCAGACGGAGGAAUCUGAUUGGCUGCUGCAUGUGCGUGUGUCUGCACACCUGUCGCAUUCCGUCGGUUCGUCUGUCUUCUGAACACAGUCAUCCUCAGAGUCAGUCUUGUGGAUCAACAGAGUUCCAGAUCUGGUAAAGUCCUUUAUUUCAUGCUCAUCAGAUAUCUGUGUUUGUGUUUGUUUGAAUGAAACCGAUCUGAGAUCAGCUCAGAGUUGGGCUGGUGUCUUCACUUACGUCUCUGGCAGGUGUUCUGUCACAUCAUAGAGCAAAAGUGACAGUUAAUUAUUUAUGUGUGUUUUCAUAGGCUGAAACUGAAGUAUUUUGCUAUAGAGUAGUGUCUGUUAAUAUUGUCCUCACUAGUACCAGUGCUGAUAGUGAUGUGCUGAACCUCCAGCAAUACACGUUUUUGCUUUUUCUGAACAAUAUAUGACUGAUUGCUUGUAUGAUAAUGUUGCAAUUGGUUUUCUAGGAGGUUUUGUACAACUUGAAGUGUGUCUGAUGUAACACGUGUUUGUAGGUUGGAACAGAAGAUGGUUUCUCCUGCGAUUGCUUUUGCUUUUCUUCCUCUCUUACUCACGCUGAUCAUCCGUUACCGUUAUUAUUUCGUGCUGCUGUAUCGGGCCGUUCUGAUCCGCUGGGUGCGGGACUGUCUGACGGGCCUCAUCCGAGAGGAGCGGGCGUAUCAGUACAUCCUGACCCACGCCACACCCGGAGACGUCCAGAGCAUCCUGGACACAUUCGACCAGUGGUGCAGCUCAGUGGAGUUCAUCAGCAACAUCGGACCCAAGAAAGGUAAGAUUCUGGACCGGCUGCUGCAGGAACACUGUCCCAUCACUGUGCUGGAACUGGGCACUCAUUGCGGCUACAGCACGGUCCGCAUCGCCCGCUCGCUGCCCAUCGGCGCACGCAUUUACUCCGUCGAGAUGGACGAGGGAAACGCCAAGGUGGCUGAGAAAAUCAUCCGGCUGGCAGGUUUUGAUGAAGACAUGGUGGAGCUGAUCGUGCGUCCGUCGGAUGAGGUGAUCCCGCGUCUGCGUGAGGAUUUCGGCGUGGAGCGUCUGGAUCUGGUCUUCAUGGAUCACUGGAAGCGCUGUUACCUGCCGGACCUGCAGCUGCUGGAGGGGAGCGGUCUGCUCGGUGAGGGCUCCAUCAUUCUGGCCGACAACGUCAUCUUCCCCGGAGCGCCCAAAUUCCUGCGACACGCACGGUACUCGGGCCUGUACGAGGUCAGAGUUCACCGCGCCAUGCUGGAGUACAUGCGGGGCAUCCGCGACGGUAUGGCCGAGCUCACCUUCCUCGGGAUCAAGUAAAACACACGCUUACAGGAUGUUAAUGUGAUGCUAUUGAACUGUUCGUUCCAUGAACAUCGUUUAUAUGUAUGCAUCCGGCAGGUAUUUUAUCAGUCAAGGCACACAUUUACAUUUGAUUAGCUCUUGCUUUCACUGGGAAUCGAACCCUUGACCUUAGCGUUGCUAGUGAUGUUUGAGCUACAGGAAAGACAUGAAACACUUGUGAUGUUUGAGGAUUUGUGAGAUCCACAUGUAAUUCAAAUAAAAAUUCACCACAUUUAUUGUCUAAAUCAAUCUUAUUGGAUUUACGAACAAUUAAUCUGUGCAUAUAUAUGCCUUGCCACCCCUGCUGCCACCCC